AUGGCGGAUUGCGAACACGCAAUUCACCCUGCACACCAGGAGGAGUGUCAAGCCCGCAAGCAAAACAAAAGGGAUAUGGAGACGAAAAGAGCAGAAGCCCUCUUCAAUGACAUCUGUGGGUUACGGCAGAAUAGAUCAGUCAAGUCAAUGGUAAAAUCAUCAUCGUUGCGAAUAGUUGGCGGAUUGUCUUCUGCAGAGACCGGGGACUGGCCGUGGCAAGCUAGCUUGCAGUACAAUAAUAUCCAUCGCUGUGGUGCAACGCUCAUCAGCAACACAUGGCUUGUAUCUGCAGCUCACUGUUUCAGAGACAUGAGUCACCCUCAGAAGUGGACUGCUACUUUUGGAGCUCUUCUGAAGCCACCAAGCUUGAAACGAUCAGUCAAGACUAUUAUUAUUCAUGAAAAGUACCGCUACCCAGAACAUGAUUAUGACAUUGCCCUUGUGCAGCUCUCUAAACGAGUUGACUUUACGAGUAGCAUACACCGUGUUUGUCUGCCUGAGCCAUCUCAGACUUUUCCGUACAAUAUUUAUGCUGUCAUCACAGGCUGGGGAGCACUUACCAAUGACGGUCCAACUCCAAAUGCUCUUCAGGAAGCAACAGUGAAACUUAUCGACUCAAACACUUGCAACAGAAAAGAAGUGUAUGAUGGGGACAUAACACCCAGGAUGUUGUGUGCUGGAUAUUUGGAAGGAGGAGUAGAUGCUUGUCAGGGGGACUCUGGGGGACCACUGGUUACUCCAGACUCUAGACUGAUGUGGUACCUCGUGGGAAUAGUGAGCUGGGGAGACGAAUGUGCCAAACCAAAUAAACCUGGAGUUUACACACGAGUGACUUAUUUCCGUGACUGGAUUACCUCAAAAACUGACAUCUGA